UAAUGUUCAUGGUAAGUUGAUAACCCCUAACAAUAAAAUCUAGAACAUGAAAUGCGUUUUAGUUGUCCAUAAACGAAACAAAAAAAAAUUCUAGAUAGGAUGGAGUUAUUAUUCGGAAUAAUAAUACUUUUGAUCAAAAUUUGAUUUAACAAAAUGUUCAGUUGGAAAAAAAAAACGAAGCGGUUGAGAGAGAUAGGCAAAAAAAAUAUUUCAAAUAUUUUAGUAUUGGUGAUUGGCCUUUGCUUACCAUGAUAAAUCUUUUACAAUUAAUGAGUAUAAUAAUAUAUAGGUAUGAUAUCAUGAAAUGAUCUUUCUGUUUUCACUUCUAGUGCCCCCGCAGAAUAAACAAUUUUUCGGUAUACAAAAUAUCCUAGACGACGCAUUUUCAGGCAAGACAAGAUAACAUUAAAGUCAUGUAUCAAAAAAAUCAGAUACACUUGCCUUAGUUAAACAAAGAACAAUCUUAUAUUUAUUUACUAUAAAAGUAAUUCUAUAGAUUUUCUUUCGUUAGACACCACCAAUCAAACAAGCAAGGAUGAUGCUACAUGCUUUUCCUCCAAUGGAUUUCUCUGUGGAUGUGGUUAGGCGAAAACACGAGUACACAAUUCUUCUCUUUUUAAUCCAAUUAAUUUUUGAUAAAAUACUUUUCUUUAAUUGCAGAGCUUUGAGAUGCAAGUGAAUAAUAACUGUGACCUUUGCGACCAAAAAGUAACGGAAAUUAUGCAUUCUAUCAUUGCUGUUUACUCUGUGACUUAUGGCAAUAUAAUGAAGCUGGAGGCUAGAGCUAACCCUAAUUUUUUUAUGGCGGUUGUUUAUAAGUAUCGCGAUCACGGCAAGAUCAUAAGGCUCCACUUUGAAGGCGCACCUAUCGCUCCUCAACCUGGAGAAGGAAUAGGAGGAGGAGGCUAUUACAACGCCCCUGUUAAUUAUCCAUACCAUUCUCCUUAUGCUCCACAGCAGCAGCUUCUCCCUGGAAACUUUGGUUAUCCGAUGUCGAAGCCGCCUCCGCCACAGCAGAAGGAGGCUCCAGAGGGGGUGUAUAAGCAGCAUACUGUGCCUCCUCCUUUUGCUAUGCAGCCGCCACCGCCAAUGCCGUUGUCUAGUUACUCUUACAUUGAACCUCCGUAUUGGCCGGCCGCUCCACCGAGUGGUGGUAAGUGUGUGAUUAUGUGAUGUGUGACGAAGAGUGGAGCUCUUAUUUUGUCUCACAAGCUGCCUUUUGGUUUAUAUUCGUGAUCGCUGUUUUAGAAAAUGCGAUUGCGUUUAUAGACAAAGUGAAUUUCUGAUUGUGUUUUCUUUUGUCUGAACAACAGUUAUAAAAGACAAAUCGUUGACUAGUGCCUAAUCUGUUUGAAACCAGAAUAAAGUUUGCAUUUGAGAGACAAGUUUUAUGAUUAUGCUUCACUUGUUCAUAGCAUCUCUGACUGUGACUCAUGUAUGCGACAGAGAUCUCUAAAAUAAAUAAAAAAAUAGAAAUGAUAUUUUUACUUCAAUAUGUUCCUUUAUAAUAGAAAGGAAUGCUAUAUUUACUUCUAUAAAUAGAUGAAUACUAUUUUUUUCCCUAAAUAUAGAGAAAAAAAUAACAUUCUUCUAUUUAUGGAGAUAAAUAUAGCAUUUCUUUAUUAUAGAGGAACACAUUGGAACAAAAACACCUUCUCUAUUUUUUUUCUCUAUUUUAGAGAUUUCUAUUAUAAAGAAUU